AUGCUGCGGCAGUUCGCCACGCCCGCAGCCACUCCAAGAGGCACUGAAUUUCCUCACUUUUUAUUUUCUCAUGAUGAAAAGUACUUGGCGAAAAUUGGAGACAAAGAAUUGUGCAUUUACGCAAUGGACCCCAAGGACAACUUCCCGGACCAGGCCGCCGACGAGGACGUUACUCCUGUGAAGUUGCUGCGAGAUGAAAAAGGCCACUUCUCAGCCCUCAAGUAUCCCGUCGAAAAGUUUGAAUGGUCUCCAGGAGACAACAUUGUUUCUUUGUGGAUAAGGGGUUCUGACGACACUCCAGGGCGUUUGAUCCUGGUGGAGGUGCCGAGUCGGCGGGAGCUGGCGAGCAAAAACGUGUACAACGUGAAGGGCGCAGCCAUGCACUGGCAAGGCAACGGGGACUUCUUGUGUUUGCGAACAAUGGUAUUUAAAAAAACUGGAAAAAAAGGAAGAAAAGAAUUCAGCCAACUCGAGAUCUUCCGCAUGCGCGAAAAGGACAUUCCCGUCGACAACCUCCAGCUCAACGACAUCGCUGUCCAGCUCCACUGGGAGGAGGGACCCAGCAAGCGGUUCGUGCUCGUCGUUCAAGAAGAAGGGACAACCAACCAGAGCCUGCGCUUCUUCCGCGUCGCCGACGCCGCUGAAGGCAACGUGGAGACGAACAAGAGAGACACGAUAAUGACUCAUUCUUUCGACAUUCCCAACUACAUGAACUUUUUAAAAUGGUCUCCUUUUGGAUCUUAUUUUGUUUUGGCUUCUUUGAGCACUUACGGGACAGUAAUGUUUUGCCACUUGAACGACCAGGACAAAGUUGAGGUGCUGCACCAAGACGAACACUACAUGUGCAACGAAGUCCGCUGGUCCCACUGCGGAAGGUACUUGGCCACUUGCGUGGUUAUGCCUCUCGUCAGCGGCGCGCAGGCCUACAGGUUUGGAGACAACACUGGCUUCAACAUCUGGACUUUCCAGGGGAAGUUGCUGGAAAAGACCAAGAAGGAAAACUUCUACCAGUUCCUCUGGAGGCCUCACCCCCCGACUUUGCUGACGGAGAAGCAGCUCGAUGACAUCAAGAAGCGAAUGAAGGAACACAGCAAGAGGUACGAGGCGGAGGACGAGAGACUCCGCAGCGAGAAACGCCGAGCCUUCUUGAAGCAGCGGGAAGAAGAAAGUGAAAAGUUCCAGCAGAUAUUGGAUGAGCUUGAGGCCUGGAAGAUGAAACAUCCCAAGUACGAAGAAUGGUGCAGAGCCCAGGAGGAAUUCGACACGUGGUUUGAGUGGGAGUAUAAGGAGGAGAUAAUAGAGGAGGAGCUGGACGUGAAGCAAGAAGUUAUUUGCUAG